UAAAGACACGGUAACUGACUGGAAAUCAAAACUCCCAACAGUGUGUGAUGGAUAUGAUCCGAAGGACAUAUUCAAUAUGGAUGAGACUGGUUUGUUCUUCCGAGACACAACAAGGAAAUCGUAUCAUUUCAAAGAUUCAGAACUGGUUGGUGGAAAACGCUCUAAGGAACGCAUUACUGUUUCGCUGUGUGCUUCUAUGACCGGGGAGAAGCUCAAACCACUAGUGAUUGGUAAAGCUGCACGUCCGAGAUGCUUCAGCAAAAUAGAUCCGGAAAAACUACCUGUGACCUACAGAAACAACAAAAAAGCGUGGAUGACCGGUGAACUCAUGACAGAAUGGCUAAGGACGGUUGACAAACAAAUGAAGAAACAACGCAGGAACAUCUUGUCAUUCUUGGACAACGCGCCUGCACAUCCGGACUUGAAACUUAACAAUGUUAAACUUGUCUUCUUGCCACCUAAUACAACUGCUCUUUCGCAGCCAAUGGACCAGGGUAUCAUUCAGGCUCUUAAGUUGAAGUUCAGGAAUCGUCAGCUCUCGUACAUUGUGUCACAAAUGGAACGUACGGAUACAGUUGGUUCACAAGUGUUAAAGGAAAUUUCCAUUCUAGAUGCUAUUUACUGGAUUAACGGUUCGUGGAAGGAGGUGACUCCAACCACAAUUCAGAAGUGUUUCGCAAAGUGUGGAUUUGAUCAGAUAAGUGAAAGUGAUCUUGUUGUUAAUGAAUGUGAUAGUGAUGAUGAUAGUGAUGAUGAUGAUGAUGAAGUGCCCUUAGCUGUCUUAAGAAUGUCUCAUGAGUUGUUCGGGUGUGAAUACCACGAAUUGGUAGAUUUAGAUAAAUCUGUUCCGACGUGCGACGAGAAUAAUUCCAUUGUUGACUGGGAUAAGAAUGCAGGUGAUAUCUUAAUUGAACUGCAGUCAAGCAAAGAUGUUUGUGAUAAUGAUGAGUGUGAUGAUGGUGUUGACUCAGACAGACCUGAAACUGUGAUCACAAUGUCUGAGGCUAGUGAUAUGCUUGAUAAACUGAAAAUGUUUGCUCUCAGUAAAGGACAGGAUAAGUGGCUUGAUAACAUUAUGGAUUUGCAAGACAUGUUUGUAAGUUGCCGUGCAGAGACUCAAUGUAAGCAGACUAGAAUUCAUGAGUUUUUUGAAAGAAAAUAAAAACUUGGAACUGACAUAACUUACAGGCAAUUGCAAGUUUGAAAUUCAACUUCAUAUGACAUGAAAACUGUUGUGUAAUGUAAUGAAAUCAUUUUAGAUAGAAAAUGGUGAAAUUCAGUUGAUUUUAUCACACACUUUAUUACACUUCAAAGUUUUAUUGAUGUAUGUAAUUAUGUAAUGUAAUGAAAUCAUUUUAGAUAGAAAAUGGUGAAAUUCAGUUGAUUUUAUCACACACUUUAUUACACUUCAAAGUUUUAUUGAUGUAUGUAAUUAUGUCAUGCAUAUGUUAAUAUUUCUUUUGAAACACUUGCAUAAAAUGAAGAAAAUUUUAAACUAUUAAACUGAUAUUAAUAACAUGUUUUUUAUCUGCAUCCUUACCCAAUGUGUCUCUUACAUACACCACGUGAAAACCGAGUGACAACUUAAGUCCAAUAUAUUAUGCCCAAUUUCCGUACUUUGUCUUAAGAGACCGUUGUCUUAAGAGACCACUUUUUGCCUGUCCCUUGGGUGGUCUCUUAA